AUGCGGCGGUUCCGAUUCCCCGCCGGCGCAGAAUUUCUGCCCCCGGGGGCGAAAGCAGGCGGCGAAGGCGGAGGCUGCGGCGAAGGAACUGGAGACACAGAAACACGUCGCGGGGGGCGCGGCGGGGGCGGGGGCGGGGGAACGGGUUAUUCAAACACGGCUUGUCGAUAUCUGCAGGCUACGGCUGCCGGGGUCCCAGAUGGCGCGGCGCCGGCGAACAAGCCGGCGGGCUGCGCAACAUGCCGUAAUUGGCGACGCGCUGGCGUCUCGCAGCGUCGCGGCGCCGCCGCCGUCACUGUGGCCCACCCACGCCUGCAGGACGCCGCCGGCGGAUUGUCUAUUCUGUUUAUGCAAAUAUCUGAUUACCUGCUUGUGCCGGCGCGCCGCCAACGAAAAGCCCGACGCAGCUCCAACGUGGGCCCUCCCGCGCCUCGUCACGGUGGAGUUGGAGGAACUUGCAGGCACGGCGCGGCGGCGCGCGGCGCUCCGCUCGUCAUUUGUCAAAGUCUGAGUCGCGGGGCGGCAGUAGUUUCCAGGCCGCCCGUGGCCCCUCGCCUGCCGCCUCCCUCGGCGCCGCUCAGUUCCGGCGAAAAUAAUACGGCCUGUCGUGCCGCGCCGCCGUCUCGCAGAAAUGGAUCCUUUCAGGCAGCCGCCGCGUCGAGGUGUCUGCGCAUCAAUCCCGGCAUAGCGCGGCGCUGCCGCUGCCGCCGCCGCCGCCGCCCGUGGCGGUGCCUAACGAUCGCCGCUGGCAGCUGA